UGUACCCGGCAACCUCUUCGUCUCCCUCUCCCCCCCCUAAUCUCCAUCUCCAUCUCGCUCUCUGGCCCCCAGUCCCCACUCGCACGCGCAUCCUCCCCCUCUCCAACGAUGGCGCCCAGGAAGAAGGUGCGCAUUUCGUGGAGGCAGGCGCAGGAUGCUAGAGGGAGCUUUGCGAGGACAACUCCCUCAACCCUAGGGGCGGCAGCCUCCAAGCCGGAGGGCACUUCGCGAGGAUGACUCCCGGCCGACGCGCGGGUCGCCAUGGACCUGGAGGACGAGGACGUGAAGCCCUUCACCAAAGUGCCUCCAGGCUUGGAGGCGUUCUUCGCAGCCCAGAACAUGAGAUCUGCAGGCGACAACGAGGGGGUUCGGAGGGGCUGGCUGGAAUGCACAGGCUGGGAGUGGAAGGGGAAUGAGGUAGAGUACGAGUUCCAAUUUGACAAGAUGCGCCUAUUUGUGACUUCUACUGAUGGCAGCGACAAGAAGGGCAAGCGUAUGUGUAUCCCACAGAUCAAAGAAAAGGUGGAGGAGAUUCGGAAAGCUCUCGCGCCUCAUAUGAAGAAGAACGGAGUAGGUGCCAAAUGAAGAAAGGAAGGCCAAUAGUGGUAGAUAUGCCUAGAGUAGCUUUUGUUGGAUGGAAUGAACAUGUUGGCCUGUCUGUAAAAAUGUCUAAGCUUUUGUGUUUGGUGAACUUGCCAGUAGUAUGCUCACGCUGAACAAGUAUACCCAUAUAUGCUAACUGUUAUGCUACUUUAUUAUAUGCAUGGUGUAGUAACAAAAUGGGUCACUGAUA